CAUGGUCGCGAUGCAUUGUCAUGUAUUUUGAAGUUGCCGAUGUGUGCGUAAUCAUUCAAUAUUUAACGCUGGCUAGCUCAACAGAAAAAAAGAACUAUUAGUUUCGAUGCAGUUGUGUUUUUUAUUGCAAAAUUACUGCAGGAAACAAAUUCCGAUACAUUUGUGUUAUUAUUCUGUGUUUCAUACUUUUUAAUUUACCGAAGUGUCUUUAAUGAUUCAUUUUUUAAUGUUAGAUUCACAGAAAAUAUAAGUUUUGUUGCAUUUGUGUUUGUUGUAGCAAAAAAAAAGAAAAAAAAAACCUGCAAUAAACAAAUUCCGUUACAUUUGCAUGAUUGUUUUUCUGUUUCAUACUUAUGAUAGAAAUGAUGAGAUACAAUUAGAAAUAGUUCAAACUAAAUUUGUAAGUCAAUGAGGGAAAACUAUAUAACAUUCAUGAAUAAAGAUUUCAGUGAUGUGCGCCUUUCAGUUUUGAAAUAAUCUUGAUGACAAGCGUUGUUCUAUAUUCAACAUGAGGUUCAAUUCAAAGGAAAUCUUGGCUGUUGCAACCCAACCAUCUUAUAAAUUUGACAAAGAAGGUAUUCUUUUAGUAAAAGAGAAACACGAUACUUUGUUCAGAAGAAAUGAUGUUUUUCUUCAAAGGUGGUGCAGAUUGAGAGGAAAUUUGUUAUUUUAUUACAAAACAAAAGAUCAGUAUUCUGAACCAGCAGGAGUUUUCAUUUUGGAAGAAUGUAAUAUAAGACUUGACGAGAACCCUGAGGUUCCAUAUUCAUUUAGUUUAAUAUUUCAAAAUGAGGAAUUAGGACAACAGCUCAGUGCCACAUCUGAAGCAGAAAGAGAUUCUUGGAUUCAGGCUCUUCAUAUGGCAAGUUUUGAUUACAUGCGAUUGCAAGUCUCUACGCUAAAGGAAAAAUUAAAGCAAAUUAAAUCAAAGAAUGAUUGCAUAUCAACCAGCCAUAUAACCAGAAAGCCAAGAAGUUUUACAUCAGUUGUGAGUUAUGAUCCACAGCAAUAUGAGCCUUUUAUGGAACUUAGUUUGUGUUGUGACAACUUAAUGUGUGAUGGUGAUGGUCAUCCACCAAACCCUGUUGUAUGUGUCUCAAUCAAUACACACCCCUCUGUAAAAUGGAUAAAAUAUGCUCAGACAGAAAUUGUUGAGAAAUCAAGCAACCCAUGUUUCUUCACAACUGUCACAUUUAUCAAAGGGGAAGUAUCUGAACUUACAAGACUAAAAUUAUCUGUGUAUGAUAUCAAAGAGAGAGUUACUAGCACAAGUACACUUCUUGGAGAAUCUGUUUUUACCCUGGAGAAUCUGUUACAAAGUCAUCAUCGUGAUCUGCGUUUGACUUUAGUGUCUCCAUCUUUUUCAAGUGUGGGAUUUAUCAGUGUUUCAGCUCGAGAAAUGACAAACACCAAACAAAGGAAUGCAUGGCUAUUACUAGCUGAGGAAGAAUCUUUAUGGGCUAAGAUAGAGCGUCCAAGAAGCUAUUCUUUGCCUUCAAGAUUAACAUCUCAAGUUGGAGUGCCUGUGUUAGGAUUGUUGAAAACAUUGUCUAGUAAUUUUACUACUCAAACCUAUCGUUUUCAUACUGGACUUGGAGCUGAACUUCAUGUUCAUGAAAUAAUGUCUGAAAGCAAGCUGUCAUUCACCGUGCCAAGUAUGCUUCUAGAUUUAUGGAUAAAUGAAGAAAAGAAAUUGAUGGAAACCAUCUUCUAUCUUGGUGAGCUUUCAGAAAAAUGGCAACAGAACUUUUUAGCUGCUACUGAUGGUCAUUUGAUGCUUAUAAAUCACUAUACAGAAGUAGUUGAUUUUUUGUUGAAACAGAAAGGAUCUUCUUUCAAACCAUCUGUUAAAAAAAUGGACACAAAUUUUGAAUUUGUACCUGUCAAUCUUCAUGUCCAAAGAAUGUGGGUUCAAAAUGUGACCACGCGCAAAACCGGUGUAUAUGAUAUUAUAACAGUUGGAGCAUUUUCUGCUUUCUCUCGUCGAUUUAGAGAAGGAGGAUUGUUGAGAUUGCUAAAUCAAUUAAAAAGUUAUUAUCCAUCAUUCAGUGGUGAUAAUGGUUCUGCAAUAUUAGGCCCUGAUCCAAUCUCCAGAUCUGCAGAAGCUACUAUGAGGAUAGAACAACUGCAAGAAGAGAUUGAAGCAGAUUUGCAUAAGUUAAUUGCUCUCUGUGACCAGAAAAAUAGACCUAAUGUUCAAUCAGUUUUGAAUUCAAUCAGUAGUAAGGGAGAUCAAUUAACUCGUGUGUGCUCUGCACAAUUAGUUGAAGAUGUUCUCUUGAUAUGGGAUUCCUUGAAAUCUGAGUCAACUACAAAUGCUAAAUGUGAUGUUAUUCCUAGAAUGUCUUCAGCUUCAGUUUCUGCAAGCAAAAAUUCUCCAAAACACUCUCAAAAUGAAUCUCAUGCUCUGUCUGCUGUAGUAAAUAUGAAAUCAGAACUACAAACUGAAGCAUGUAACACAGCAGAAAGCAUAAGCUCUGUAGAGAAUUGUACUAGCUGUGAUCAAGAAAAACCACACCAAGUUAAUAGUUCUUCACAAAUUGGCUUGGAAGAAAUUGAACCCUUAGAUUUAACACAUUUGAACAUAAAAGCAAGCAUUAUGUGUAUGGCAAGCAAAGUGCAGUCGUUUAUUGCUGAGCAUAAAACAGAGACUUCUGAAACUUCUGAUUCAAAAGACAAAAUUAUCGAUUGGACAGCUGAACUUAUGCCAAGUAUUAAAAAAUUGAGACAAGCAAUUCAGUGUCUUCUUAAAACUGCAAAAAUAACGUAUAGCAUUAUGUCUCUUAAGGAAGCUACAAAAUGUUUACCACUAAGUCAGAAAGUAAGACAUAGGAGGGAUGUUGUGUUUUCACAAGCUCUGACGGCAUUAGUAACAGGAUUAAUGACGAGACUUUGGUGUCGCAGCCCAGAUUCCAUGUUUAUCUAUAUGUUAAGAACAGUUGGUGUUUUGUGUCACUUUGAAGGACUUCUCAAUUGUUACGGAGAAGAAAUGGGAGCUUUGGAAGAUAUGGUUGUUGGAAUUGAUGACCUACGUCGAGUUUUAUUUUGGUUAGAGCCGUCUGAUGCAGUGUGUAAUCCUCAACCAAGAAUUGAAGGAAACAGAUUAUUUUUAAAAAUUUUUAUUCCUGCUCCUCAAUCAGUGAUCAAUUUGUUACCAGCAGAAUAUAACAGUGGUUGUCGUUUCUCCGUAAGCUCUGUUUUUUUCAAUAUUGGGAUUAAUGAGAAAGCCACAUUAGCCGAAAAAUUUGGAGAUACAUCAUUGCAAGACAAAAUAAAUCAAGAUAGUUUGAACUUAUUGAAAGAACAUUUCUCAAGAUUUCAAAGAACUGCCAAGUCUUUGAAGGGUCAUGGUUAUCAUUUUGCUGAAAGCCAUGUUGCAGAUUUGCUCGACCAAUUACAAAAUCAAAUUUAUGCAAGAAGAAGUAAAAAUGUGGAAAUCUUUCACCUUUCUUCUGAGAUUUGCAAAUACCUUGGUGGCAUUCGUUUUACUAGUUGUAAAAGUGCAAAAGAUAGAACAGGAAUGUCUGUCACAUUAGAGCAAGCUACAGUUCUUUUGAAAGAUUUUAAUUUGGAAUCAAAAGAAAUGCCAAGAGUACUAGAAUGUAUGAGGAGUGAAGGAACUAGACGUGAAAAUACCUUAAAGAACACAGGAGUGAGAAAGUAUCAUUUUACUAGCAUCCAACUAAUGUAUAUGCCAAAAUUUUAUAGGGCGCCACAUGGUACUUAUGGAAAUGUAGUAUCUUGAUGAAAUCUUUCAAUGAAUAUUAUUUAAAUUUUUAAUUAAAAAAAUCCUUAUGAGUUUUCUAAGAAAAUAAUUCUUCCAAAAUAUUUCAUGAGAACAAAUGUAUCCCCCCCCCCCUGUGGAUAAAAUGUUAAAAUAUAUGCUUUUGUAAAAAACAAGUCUUAUUGUAUUUUAGCUUUUUAUUUGAAAUGAAUUUUAAGCAAUAAUUUUAAAAUUAUGACUGUUAUUGCUUAAAAUUGUUUCACAAUGUUCAGAUAAAUGAUUUAUGAUAGAUUUUUCCUGAAUUAAAUUCUUCUGGUUCAAGGCUUCCCAAACUGUAGUACACAAACCUUUUUGGGGUCCAUUGCAAAAUUAAAAAAAAAAAAGUUAAAUGAUAGUUAAGUAAUAUGUUUGCAUUUGAAAACCAGAAUUUUGAUCCUUGAAGUGUGGAGCUGUUCUCUGAGCACACCAUACAGUCAGUCUUAGAAAUAUGAUAGACAUAACUUCAGGCUGCACCUUCAAAUAUACCUCCUAAUGUACUCACUCCUAAUUUUAACUUUCUUUGGAAAACAAAAUCUAUCAGCUGCUUCUUGAAAAGCAAAAUGUGUUCUUCCAUUUGCCAAAAUUUGUGUAUGUGAAUCUGUGUUUCAACCUGUGCAGCCGCCGAAACAAUAAAUACUGAAGCUGUCUAUGAGCUAAACCUGAUAAUUUACUCCAGCCAUCAAAGGGUAAAACCAUUAUAUCAAACUUGUGCCAGCUAAAAAAAAAUCAUGCUUCCCAAUAAUAUGCAGCUUAAUUUUAAAUUUCAAAUUGUUUUAUUAUCUAUUCAUUUCAGUCUGUUCACUUUCACUUUUUUAUUCCAGAAUUUGUAAGUGAAGUUGAACAUUGUAAACUACCUACCUUGUGCAUUUUUAAAAUAGUAAUGUUUCUUUUGUAAUUAGUAAUGGUUGAUUUAAUUACGUUAAAUUAACUACAAAAGACAAGGAUAUAAACACUUAAUGACAGGAGUUUGCACGAGAAAUUGGUCCAUGAAAAGGGUCCACUGACCAUA